AUCCGAAGACGCACGUUAUUGGAGGAGAGAGGAUUGAGUAAGAGAACCCAAAAAAUUGAUUGGAGGAGCCGACUCCGGAUGUGCUUGACUGAACACUGAUUGGAGAACAGAGGGGUCAGGAAGAGCAGUUCCGCACGAGGAUUGGGCGGUGGCGUGUCCCAUGGAAACGGAAUCCAGAACUGCAGCCAAGGUUUUGCACGGGGGCGGAGCCGGGUCUUCCCCAGGCGCCUGCGCCUAACCGGUUUCCCGGCGCCAUUUUGUCCCGGCAGCAGCAGCCUGCAGCUCUAUCCCAUUUUCUGUGUCUAGAGGGAAGGAAGCGGACUCUGUCUGGUAGGUUUAUUUCAGUGUGGCACCGGCUUACCCUUCACUCCAGGACAACGCCUAGCGAAGGGCGGAGGGGUCACGGAGUCGUCCGAAAGAGUUGUGCUGAAGACAACACCUCCAUGACAACCCAGAGUAUCACAGAGGAAAUGAAAAGCUGUGGAUUCAUUCAAAUUAGGUUUGACCAUGGAAGACGUCUAGAAAAUUUUGGCUACUGAUGUGGAAAAAGAGGCCCAGAAGAACAAGAAAACAGGAUGUUGACAGACCCUACCUUGUUCACAUCUUUGAAGAUAUCGUAGCUACUGUGGCAUUUAAGGGUGCAACAACAGUCAUUUUAACAACAAGAGAAACAGGGCCAAGUAUGGUGGAGGCAGAGGCAAGGGGAUCUCUGAGAGUUCAAAGCCAGCCUGUUCUACAUAAGAAGUUCCAGGACAAGAAGAGCUUAUGUAGGAAGACCGACCGAGCCUCAAAUAAACCAAAAGUAACAGAAACAAACGAAAGGAACUCUUUCUUAUCAAGGGAUGAAAGUGACUCAGCACCCCGGGCUGUCGCUGCACCGGAGCGGACAGGACCAUCCCGAGCCGCGGGCCACCGAGACCGAGGCCGCGGUUCUCCAGGACUCGGGCAGGGCCGGGUGUCCAGCGGCCCUCCGAGCCGCACCCGGGCUUCCUCACUGCUUCAGCCCCGAGUUGGAAAAGGCAUCGCGGAGAGACUCACCCCAGUGCCAAUGGAGCUCAUGGUGCUGGCCCUGCAGGAUACGGAACGCUUCCAGGCCUCAAGCGCCGCUCCCACGCCGCACACUGCGCAGGAGAUGUUAAUGCUGAGAUUGGAUAAAUGCCCCAGCCAUUAAAAGCAUGGACUGCUCCUCUGAAGGACCUGAGUUUGAUUCACAGCAUCCAGAUCAGGCAGCUCACAGCUGUCUGUCCUUUCUGUUCCGAAGAAAUUCCCCUGUUCCUCCUGCUAAGAAAUCAUUGGAAGAAAUCUUUCCCAAGUGAAACACUUCAAGUGAGGAGGCAGCAGAAACACUGAGCCCAGGAGAGCAGAAGUCCUACGGGAGACCGAGAGCGCACGCAUCUUACAGCAGAAGCCAGCACACACAAUGGGAUUCACAAUGAACUACAUCUCCACACACAUAUGCAACCUAGUGUAGUCACAGCACUCCCCUAGCACCCUCUCUUGUCCCCUUUGUUCUUUCCCAAUCCUAAGGAUAUUUUAAAAAAAGAGUAAAAAAAACUGGCAUGGUGACUCAGGAAGCUGAGGCAGGAGGACUGCCCCAAGCUCAGGGACAGCCUGGGCUACAUACUAAGACCAUGUAACAAGAUAUUUCUAAAAACCAAUAAGCAAGCAACACACACACAAAAACAAGAGUAACCUUUUAGACAUGCUACCGGUGUGACAUGAUAAAAUUUGUCAGUCUGCUUGUUUUCUGAAGUAGAAAUAGGAACACAAUUUUCUAACCUAAAUUUAAAGUCUUCUAAACCAGCCACAUAUGCUGUCUCACCCCUUUAAUCUUAGAACUUAGGAGGCAUGGCAGCAGGAUCUCUGUAAGUUAAAGGGCAGCCUGGUCUACAUAUUGAGGUUAUGGGACAGUCAAGGCUACUAGUAGGACCCCAACUCAAAACAAUAUAUAAUAAAAUAAUGUCUUCCAAA